UUGCUGACAUUACCAUCAUUAAAAGUUUCCUUCAUCACCUUCCAGGAUCUUGGCUUAGACAUUACUGAUGAACAGAUCAAAGAAUUGGAAUCGGCAGUCCACGAUAUCGACUUCCCUUCAGCCGCUGAACAUGAGAAGAAGGUCCGUCAUGACGUCAUGGCGCACGUCCACACCCUCGCUGAACGGUGCCCCUUAGCGGCUCCUAUCAUACACCUAGGAGCCACCUCAUGCUAUGUUGGUGAUAAUACCGAUUUGAUAGUACUAAAACACGGCCUGGACUUACUCCUGCCCAGGCUCGCUGCUGUUAUAAGCCAAUUAUCGAAAUUCUCCGAUGAGUACAAAUCACUUCCAAUUUUGGGAUUCACCCAUUUACAACCAGCUCAGUUAACAACUGUUGGUAAGAGAGCGUCGUUGUGGCUUAGCGACCUUCUCAUGGACGAGCGUGCAUUGUCUCGAGCAAGAGAAGAUUUAAGAUUCAGAGGCGUUAAAGGCACUACAGGAACUCAAGCUUCUUUCUUACAACUGUUUAAAGGUGAUAGCAGCAAGGUUAGAGCUCUGGAUAAGAGAGUCGCAGAACUCGCUGGGUUUGAUAAACGUUAUCUUGUGACCGGUCAGACGUAUUCAAGGAAGGUGGAUUUGGAAGUUAUAGCGGCGUUAUCUGGAUUAGGAGCCACUGUACAUAAAAUGUGUUCUGACAUUCGUAUUCUGGCUUCCCGUAAAGAGUUAGAAGAACCGUUUGAGACUUCCCAAAUAGGAUCCAGCGCGAUGCCUUACAAAAGAAAUCCUAUGAGGUCCGAACGUUGCUGUGCCCUCGCUCGGCACUUGAUAUCGCUUCAUGCGAAUGCUGCUAACACCCACGCCGUUCAAUGGAUGGAACGUACUUUAGAUGACUCUGCUAAUCGACGCAUCACUUUAGCUGAAGCAUUUUUGACUGCCGACGCGACAUUACUUACUCUCCUUAACAUCUGUCAAGGGCUGGUUGUGUACCCGAAAGUAAUUGCUCGUUAUAUCGCACAGGAGCUGCCUUUCAUGGCAACAGAAAAUAUUAUAAUGGCAAUGGUGCAAUCUGGUGGUGAUCGACAGAUUUGUCAUGAGAAAAUAAGAGUUCUGUCCCACGAGGCCGGAGCGGUAGUUAAACAGGAAGGAAAAGAUAAUGAUUUAAUAGAUCGCAUCAAGAAUGAUAAAUAUUUUGCUCCCAUCAUACCGCAGCUUGACAAAAUAUUGGACGCAUCUACUUUUAUUGGUCGAGCCCCUGAGCAAGUCACGGAGUUCUUAGAAGAAGAAGUAUACCCAGUUCUUGCAAAGUACAAGAACUCAUUACGCGAAGUCGAGAAACCAGUUACUUUAAAUAUAUAA